AUGAGGAUUCAAAUCAAAGGAGGUAUAUGGAAGAAUUGUGAGGAUGAAGUUCUUAAAGCAGCUGUUAUGAAAUAUGGUUUAAAUAAUUGGUCAAGAGUUGCAUCUUUAUUAGUUCGUAAAUCAGCUAAACAAUGUAAAGCCAGGUGGUAUGAAUGGCUUGAUCCUUCUGUUAAAAAAACAGAAUGGAAUAAAGAAGAAGAAGAAAAACUUUUACAUCUAGCCAAACUGUUUCCAACGCAAUGGAGAACCAUUGCACCUAUAGUUGGAAGAACAGCACAACAAUGUUUAGAACAUUAUGAAUAUCUUCUUGAUGAAGCUGAAGGAAAGGUUUAUGAUAAAAAUAAGAACCCACGACAUCUUAGACCAGGUGAAAUAGACCCUGCUCCUGAAUCUAGACCAGCAAGGGCAGAUCCAGUAGAUAUGGAUGAAGAUGAAAAAGAAAUGCUAGCAGAAGCUAAAGCUAGACUUGCAAAUACAAAAGGUAAAAAAGCUAAAAGGAAGGCUAGAGAAAAACAAUUGGAACAAGCCAGAAGAUUAGCUUUAUUACAAAAAAAAAGAGAAUUGAAAGCAGCUGGUAUUACAUCAUUAAAUUAUAAAAGAAAAGAUAAAAAUAAAAUUGAUCAUUCCAAAGAAAUUUUAUUUCAAAGGAAACCAUUAAAAGGUUUUUAUGAUGUUACAGAUGAACAAAAUAUUAAUGAUGAUUUAUAUGAAAAUAAAAAAUCAAAUCUGAAGAAAAGUAUAAAAUCGAUGGAUGUUGAAAAUAUAAAUGAUGCUAUGAAUUAUGAUAAAAAUAAAGGGAAAAGACAUCAUUCUCAUUAUAAUAAUAAUGAAGAAUCAAAUUUGUUAUCUACUAUAGAAAAUUAUGAUAAACAAUUUAAUGAAUUAAGUCAUUUAAGAAAACGUGUUCGAUUAAAUUUACCAGAGCCUAUAUUAAAUGAAAAUGAAAUAGAUGAAAUAAUACAAAUAAAUAAAGAAGCAUCAGCAUAUAAUGAUAUUAUUAAAGAUCAAAAUGAUAAAUUACCAAUAAAUAAUAUUUUACCAAGUAUAGAAAGCUCCUCAUUUAUAUUAAAUGAUAAAGAUAAAUUUUCAAAUUUGCAAACAGAUUUUUAUAAUAAUAAUAAUAAGUCAAUAGCUUUUUCUAGUAAACUAGAUCUAAGCAUACAACAAGCAGCAAAAAAUAUUAUUUCUAGAAAAAUGAAUGUUCCAUUUAUAGGAAUGAAUAAUGAUUAUAAUGAAGAAGAAUUUGAAAGAAAAAAUAAUAUAAGUCAAACGGGGAAUACGAAUAUUCAUGAUGAUAUAGAAUAUGAUGAUCUCAAUAAUAAUAAUAAUAAUAAUAAUUAUAAUAAUACUUCUUUUAGUUCUAUGAAAAAUUCAACAUCUCAUUAUAAUCAUCUUAAUAUACAAAAAAAUAUAAAAGAAGUACAAGAAGAAAUUGAAAAACAAAAGAAAUUAAAUGAAGAAGAUCAACAGAAUAAUCAAAAGGAUAAGGUAAAUAUUAAAAAUAAAAUUAUUAGUGAUAUUAAAAGUUUUAAAAAAAAUAUUAGUUUAUAUGCUCAUUCUAUUAUAUCUUAUAAAAAUUUAAAAAAUGAUCAAUCUAUGAUAGAUAAUCAAACUAUACAAGCUAGUGAAUAUUAUGAUGAUAAUUAUGAAGAGAAAAUCGAUAGAGCAAAACUACAUAUUAAAGCAUCACUAGCCAACCUACCACAAGAAACUAAUCUUAUAGAACUUCAAUUAAAUGAUGAACCUCAAGAAUAUGAUACUGACAAUAUAGAAAAAGACGAAAUAGAAAAAGAUAUACAAGAUAUUGAAAAUGAAAAAAGAAAAAACGAAGAAAGAAAAGAGAAAGAAAAAUUUAAUAAGCAAAAUAAAAUUAUUAGAUGGAAUUUACCUAGACCAUAUUUCUUAGAUAAAAUUAAUCUUUUUAAUAAUUAUAUGGACAAUGAAUAUGAAGAUGUCGAUAAUCUAAUACAAAGAGAGAUGCUUCUCUUAAUAAAGAAUGAUAUGUUUAAUUACCCACUUAAAACUUCAACACCAAUACAAAAUAAAGUGCAUGUGGAAAAUCUCGAACCUGUUUAUAUGAAUAUGGCUAUGAACAUUAUAAAUGAGGAGUUUGAAGAUAUAUAUGGCGAAUCAUCAAUAAAUAACAACACAAAGGAUGAUUCUAACAGUGACAAAAGUGAUAAUUAUGAUGAUAGAAGUGGUAAAUGUGAUGAUAAAAGUAAUACAUGUGAUGAUAAAAGUAAUACAUGUGAUGAUAAAAGUAACACAUGUGAUGAUAAAAGUAACACAUGUGAUGAUAAAAGUAACACCUGUGAUGAUAAUUCACAAUGUAGUUCAAACCAUAAUUCAUAUAAUCAUAUCGAUAUGUGGGAACAAAUUAACAGAAAUAUAAUUUUCUGCCCAUCAAAAAAUGGAUAUCGUUAUAUUGAAGAUGCGAAUGAAAAUGAUAAAAAAGAAAAUUAUAAAUACAAAUGUGAAAAAUUAAAAAAUUUAAUUUUAAAUGAUAUGGAAUAUUAUAAAAAAUUAGAAAAUAAAUAUGAUAUUUAUACAAAAGGAUAUCAACUAAAAAUUAAAAGUUAUAAAAAAUCAUAUGAUACUUUAUUUAAUUCAUAUAUUAAUUGUAUUAACGAAAUAGAUGCUUUAAAUCUUCUACAUCACAAAGAAAAAGAAUAUGCAUUGAAAAGAAUAAAAGAAGAAAAAAAUGAAAAUAAAAAAGAAAUCGAAUAUCAUAAAUCAUUACAAAAGUUUUAUCAAGAACUUUUAGAAACAAAUCAUCAAUUAAAAGAAAAAUGUAGCCAAACGUUGAAGGUGUUAUGA